AUGUCACCAAAUAAUAUUGCACUCUGUGCCCUCUUGGAAUACGUCUUUGACGCCGCUUAUGCCGCCGAUGCCCCGGCUGCGCCAUCGCCGCUAUGGGGGCUGACGCCGCUGGCGGGGCAGACGGUGGCGGCGGCGGAAGCGGCAGCGUCAGGGGCGCAAGCGGCCUCGGCGGCGGAAGCAGUGGCGCCGCAGACAGUGGCGUUGAGGGCGCCAAGCGGCGUAGGGGCAGAUGCCUUCGGCUGCACAAGCGGCUUCGGCUCCGAAGGCGUCCAGGGCUCAAGCGGUGGCGGCAGCGGCAUAAGCGGAGGCGUCGGCGGGGACAGCAGUGGCAGCGGCUUCAGCGGCGGCACAAGCGGCGUCGGUGGCGGCGCAGACGAUUUCAGCGGCCGAACCAGCAACGGUACGGACGACGGCGUCAACGGUGCAAGCGGCCUCGGCGCAGACAACGGCGACGGUGCAGACGGCGGCGGCUUCAGCGGCGGCGGUAGCAGCGACGGUGCAGACAGCGGCUUCGGCGGCGCAAGUGGCGGUGCAGACGGUGGUGGCUUCGACGGAACAAGCGGCAUCGGCGGCGGCGCAGGCAGUGUUGGCGGCGGAAGGGGCGGCGACACAGACGAAGGUGUUAGCGGUGCAAGCAGCACUGGCGCAGACAGCUGGGCUGCACAAGCGGCAACCUCUUGGGCGUCCAAGGCUCCGGCGGCGGCGGCGGUAGCAGCGGUGGAACAGAUAGCGGCGUCGGCGCAGACUGCGUCGGCUGCACAAGUGGUGUUGGCGACUCAAGCGGCGGCUGCGGCGCAGAUGGCAGCAACGCAGAUGGCGGCGGCAGAGCGGCGGCGGGGGCUGCGCAAGCGGGGGCCGCGGGAGCUCUAG